CGGCUCCACAGCGCUUAAAUACGCGCGUCCAGCCCCGAAAGUCAGACCCACUACAGGAGAGGCUGCGCUCACACGCACGCCUCUGCGCGCACACGGACGUAACCAUGAUUAAGAAGAUGUCCCCGUCCGAGAGCGACUUCGACAUUCCCGCCAAGAACUGCUACCGGAUGGUGAUCCUGGGCUCCACCAAGGUCGGGAAGACGGCCAUCGUGUCCCGGUUCCUGACCGGCCGCUUCGAGGAGCAGUACACGCCGACCAUCGAGGACUUCCACCGGAAACUCUACAGCAUCAAAGGAGACGUCUACCAGCUGGACAUCCUCGACACCUCCGGGAACCACCCGUUUCCCGCCAUGAGGAGGCUGUCCAUCCUCACAGGUGAUGUCUUCAUCCUGGUCUUCAGCCUGGACAACCGCGACUCCUUCCAGGAGGUGCAGCGGCUGAAGCGGCAGAUCUACGAGACCAAGUCGUGCCUGAAGAACAAGAUGAAGGAGCACAUCGACGUCCCGCUGGUCAUCUGCGGGAACAAGGGCGACCGCGAGUUCCACCGGGAGGUGCGUCCGGACGAGAUCGAGCAGCUGCUGGCCGGGGACGACACGUGCGCGUACUUCGAGAUCUCCGCCAAGCGCAACGAGAACGUGGACCGGAUGUUCCAGACGCUGUUCAGCCUGGCCAAGCUGCCGCACGAGAUGAGCCCGGACCUGCACCGGAAGGUGUCGGUGCAGCACUGCGACCUGCUGCACCGGAAGUCCCUGAAGACCAAGAAAGUGAAGGACGCGGAGGCGUACGGCGUGGUCACUCCGUGCGCGCGCCGGCCCAGCGUGCACAGUGACCUCAUGUACAUUAAAGAGAAGGCCGUUGGGGGCGCGCACGGCCGCGAGCGCUGCGUGAUCAGCUGAGCGCCACGCGGGACUGUGUAUUGUUGAAGCCGGAGGAGGAUGGCGCGUGAGCCGCCGCGCGUAAACUGACCAGGGAAGUUAGUUUGGAGCCGCUGGCGCGCGCUCUGGUUGCCGCGCUGUGACACGCAGCGCCGCUUCUGGACCCGAGUCCGCCUCAGCCCCCACGAGUCCGCCGGGGAGGGGGGCUGUCCAGCGUGCACGUGGCUUUGUGAGGUUCGCGCGCCUGUGCGUAAAAUGUGCGUUGUUGACGUCAUGAGGCUCAGCGGGCGCGAGGCGCCGCGAAAAGUGCUGUUUACACUUGAAUGUCGGUUCUGAAAAAUGUCUGAACAUUUUUAAUGUGAAUAUUUAUUGUUUUUGCAUCAAAUUCUAUAAAAAUAAAAUAUCUUUG